GCCAAUGCGGGGGGCGGGGGCGGGGCCGGCGCGGCGGCGAUGGCGGCAGCGCUAGCGCGGGUGCUGGCUCGCGGCUGGGCGGCGCGCGGCGCCCCGCGCGUGCGGCAGCGGUGCAUGGCAGCGGGCGGCAGACAGGACGACCGUGGGGAGGUGGGCAAGGCACAGCGGGCAGAGGCAGCCGGUGAGGACGUGAGUGCGCAGCCCACCAUCUUCAGCAAGAUCAUCGCCCGCAGCGUGCCCGCCACCAUCCUCUAUGAAGAUGACAAGUGCUUGGUCUUCCGCGACGUGGCCCCCCAAGCCCCCGUCCACUUCCUGGUGAUCCCCAAGCGCCCUAUCCCCCGGAUCAGCCGUGUGGGUCCCCAGGACACCGAGCUCCUGGGGCACUUGCUGGUGGUGGCAGCACGCAUAGCGCAGGAGGAGGGGCUGGACAAUGGCUACCGUGUGGUGAUCAACGACGGGAAGCACGGCGCACAGUCCGUCUACCACCUGCACCUCCACGUGCUGGGGGGGCGGCAGCUGGGCUGGCCCCCCGGCUGAGCCACCGACCCACCAACCUCCAAUAAAGCAUGUCCAUGGCA